AUGCCAGUUGACCCAGAAAAGUUAGCCAAGUUACAAAAAGCUACCGCCAAGAAGGUCGGUGGAUCCAGAGUCAAGGCCAAAAAGAACAUCAAGUCCGAACAAGAUGACACCAAAUUGAUUGAAGCCUUAGGCAAAUUGAAGGCUACUAAGGUCGAAGGUGUUGAAGAAGCCAACUUCUUCAGAGAAGACGGCAAGGUCUUGCACUUCAACAGAGUCGGUGUCCAAGGUGCUGCUGCCCACAACACCUUUGCUUUCACCGGUUACCCACAAGAGAAGGAUGUUACCCAAUUGAUCCCACAAAUCUUGCCACAAUUGGGUGCUGAAAACUUGGAAAUCUUGAGAAAGUUGGCUGAACAAAUCCAAGCCGGCAGAGCUCCAACCGAGUUGAACGCCGAUGAAGACAUUCCAGACUUGACUGACCAAAAGUUCGACGACGUCGAGUAA